ACCUGCCGAUAUUUUCCUGCAAAAACAUCUCGGCCUCUGACAUCUAAAAACAGCAAAACUCCAAUAUCUCUCUCUCUCUCUCUCUCGAAGAUUUCUCUCCCUAUAUUUACAAAAAUGCACUGCAAAUCCAACGCCCCUUACUCUCCCCUCUUUCUCAGCUCUCCUUCAUGGAAGACUUCUCCACGACCCCCUCCAUCUCCUCUGCUUUCUUAUCUGCAUACCAAUCUCCCAAAUCCAACAGCUCCAAUCCAUCCACUCCAGCCAUCCAAAAUCCAUCAACCUUCUCCACUUUUGUUCAACACCCACUAACACAAAAUCCCAAAUCAUCAGAUAUUGCCAUUGUUGGCGCCCUCCCACCGCUCAUCCCUUCAUCAAGGCAAUUCAGCGAACACACGCUGAGCCUUGAUGCUCCUGAUCCUUUCUCGCUUUCCGGCGGAUUCUCUGACUAUGGUUCGUCGGGUUACGGCCCAGAAUCCGAUCGGGAGAGUGGAAGUCAGGCUCUGAAGGGUCCCGGUGUCGCAUUCCUGUGCUCCCCUGCUUCGUUCUCAUCUUCCACGAAGCUCCGGAGUUGCGAUGUUUAUAUUGGUAUGUUCGGUCAAAAGCCGUCUCUGCUCCGGUUUGCAAACUGGCUCCGUGCAGAGCUGGAACUUCAAGGCGUGUCUUGCUUUGCGGCGGACCGAAGCCAGUGCAGGGAUGCUCGGAGCCAUUGCAUGGUCGAGAGCGCGAUGAAUUCCGCCAGUUUCGGGGUGGUGAUCCUCAGGAGGAAGUCGUUUUCGAAUCAGUAUACCAUUGAUGAGUUGAGGUUGUUUUUGGGUCGGAAGAAUUUGGUCCCGAUCUUCUUUGGGCUGGGCCCUGCGGACCGAAUGGCACGGGACAUAAUUGAGAGGAGGGGAGAAUUGUGGGAGAAGCAUGGCGGGGAGCUUUGGCUGUCAUACAGCGGGUCGGAAAAGGAAUGGAAAGAGGCAGUCAAUGGUCUUUCAUGUGUCGAUGAGCGGAAGCUGGUGGCUCAUGCAGGCAAUUGGAGGGAUUGCAUUUCAGAGGCGGUUGUUCUACUUGGAAUGAGGCUGGGGAAGAGAGGCAUGAUCGAGAGGGCGAAGAAGUGGAAGGAGAGGGUGGAGAAGGAGGAGUACCCGUUUCCUCGAAACAGUAAUUUUGUUGGGCGAAAGAAAGAGCUUCUUGAGCUCGAACUUAUUCUGUUUGGCAAUGUCGAGGGGGAUGGAGAAAAUGAAUGUUUUGAACUGAAAGCUGGUCGCAGACAAAAGGCCGCAGAGGUGAUAGAAAAUAAAGUAGAAGAUCGGCUGGGAGACAUCACACGCAAAGGCAAAGAGCCUGUUAUAUGGAGAGAAUCUGAGGAGCAGAUUGAAAUGCGAGGCACUGAGAAUUGGCGUCUGAGGGGGAAGAAUGAUGGGGAAAGGCAUGCGGGGAGGAAGAAAUCGACGAAUGUGUUGUAUGGGAAGGGUAUUGCUUGUGUUUCGGGUGAAUCGGGUGUUGGUAAGACAGAGUUAUUGCUUGAGUUCGCAUACAGAUUCUCGCAGAGAUAUCAGAUGGUUUUGUGGGUAGGUGGGGAAUCGAGGUAUAUUCGUCAUAACUACAUGAGCUUGUUGCCCUUUUUGGGUGUUGAUUUGAGUGUUGAAAAUGAACUCUUUCCUGAAAUAGAUGGACCGAGGAGCUUUAAAGAGCUGGAGGAGGAGGCCAUCCGUAGAGUGCGGAAGGAGCUCAUGCGGGAUAUUCCUUUCUUAAUCAUGAUCGAUAACUUAGAGUCUGAGAAAGAUUGGUGGGAUGCAAAGAAUGUGAUGGAGCUUCUCCCCCGUUUUGGUGGAGAGACUCAUGUCAUUAUUUCAACACGCUUGCCUCGGAUACUGAAUAUGGAACCGUUGAGGCUCCAAUGUUUAUCUGGUAGGGAGGCAAUGUCAUUGAUGAGGGGGAGUUUGGAAGAUCUCACGAUGGAAGAAGUCGAAGCACUUAAAGCCAUCGAAGAGAAAUUAGGCAGGAUUACGCUGGGUCUUGCACUUGUAGGUGCAAUAUUGUCUGAGCUUCCAGUAUCUCCUACGAAACUCCUUAAUGCCAUUAAUAGGAUUCCUUACAGAGAUUUGAAAUGGAGUGGCAGAGAAGAUUCAAUAUUGCGACACAACCCUUUCAUCGUGCAACUUUUAGACGUCUGUUUCUCGAUAUUCGGUCUUGCAGAUGGCCCCCAAAAUUUGGCAACACGAAUGGUUCUCGUAAGUGGGUGGUUUGCUCCUUCACCAAUUCCAGUCUCGAUGUUGGCUUCUGCGGCAUGCGAGGUUACGGAAGAUGAUCGAGACACUCAGCUUUGGAAGAGGUGUCUGAAUGUUUUAAUAUGUGGGUUCAUGAAAUCUCAUGUAAAAAAUUCAGAAGCUGAAGCGUCUGCCAUGUUGGUGAGCUUUGGGAUUGCGAGAAGUAGCACAAAGCAAGAUUGUGUUUAUUUCCAUGAUAUUAUUCAACUAUAUGCCCGUAAAAGAGGCAGUGUUAGAGCUGCUCGUGCGAUGGUGCAAGCAAUCAGCAUUUGUGGAUCUGUUACCCAACAUGCUGAGCAUAUCUGGGCUGCCUGCUUCUUGCUAUUUAAAUUCUCAGAUGGCCCGGCACUUGUCAAACUGAAGGUCCCUAGCCUUUUAUCGUUCGCUGAGCGGUUAGUCCUGCCUCUAGCGACUCUAACGUUCACUACCUUCUCCAGGUGCGUGGCGGCUAAAGAACUCCUAAGCCUAUGCACUGACGCAUUGGAUGAUGCUGAGAAGUCUUUCAUUUCUCAAGUCGAGAAGGGGCUCGGCAAGUCGUUGCACUGUAUAUGUUCAAUUCAGUCAACAGUGCAGCUGAAUCCAACACUUUACCAUAAACUAAUACUCGUCAAAGCUACAUUGUUAGAAACAAGGGCAAAUAUGAUGCUUAAAGCCGGUGAAUAUGAUGUUGGCGAAGAGCUGUGCAGGAUGGUGGUGAGCAUUAGGUCAUUGGUGUAUGGUGCAGAUCAUCCCGAAACAGUUGCUGCCAAAGAAACCAUGGAUAAGCUCGUGAGGCUUAAUGCAAACAAACAAGGCAUUUGAAUAUGAGAAGCUGCUGUCUACUUGUUUUCUGUUAUAUCAUAGCAUAAAAUGAAGAUAUUAAAUAGAUGGGACGCUUUGAGACAACAAAUAUAGAUUAUCAUGUUUGCUAAUUUUAUAGAUGCUUUUUCAUUCUAGUUAAUGCGAUAAUGCAUUCCAUUUUCAAUUCUGACCCAUUGUAGGAACUAGGAAGUACUACUUUUCAUUCUUUCUAUAUUGAUGCUGCAUUCUUGAAUGCUCGUUGGCAGUAGUAUCAGUUUUUCAUUCCCAUGAUCUAUUAUUGCUUUCUCUUGCGGUUUUGUGAAUAUCUGAACUAUGUUAAAUUCCAGCCUCUCGUCAAUCAAUAACAUUUACUUGAGAAAGCAUAUAUCUCAAUCUGUAGCUCUAUUUCCACUGUUUUGAUAUAUUAUACUUAUGUGCAAGUAGGUCCUUUUUCAUCCUCUACUAGGCAAAGUGGUGUCUUCUUAUUUUUACAUUAAACUUUCUUGAAAAUAAAUAAUCCUCCAAAAAAAUUGGGUUCCUUAGUAAAUUCCACAUUGAUUUGCCAUCGGUGAUGGGCAUGUAUUCAACAGGAUGACACCUAUACCACUUUCUAUAAUCUAUUAUGAAUGCAUAUCUAUGGAAAGUAUAGUCUUUAAGCAUAUCUACUGAGCUGUUUUUCAACUGUGGGACUCUUUUAGAAAUUUAAUGUAAUAUCUUGUGAAUUAAAUAUCAUUUCAUUUUACAGGUGUCAUUCACAAGAUAUACAUAUUUAUACAUGUGUGUGUACAUACAUAAAUACAUAUUGUGUCUGUGUGUAUGUGUGACAGAAAAAACCUUUUUCCGCUGAGCCAAAAUAGUUGGGACAAGGCCAUGGAGAUGAUGAUGAAACCUUUAGUUCCAUUCUCGGUCAUGGAAGUUGAUUAUAUCCUUCAAUCUUGUGGUGAAAUCGAUUGUCCAAAACGUUAUUGUAAUUCAAAUCAAAUUAUUUUUAUUAAUUAUGAAAAAGAAAAAGUUCAAUUCAAGCUGACUCUUCCUUUUCUCCUACUUUGUUCUUUUCCAAGAAAAAAAAAAACUGAGUUGUUAGGAUAAUAGAUAAAUAUGGUGGAUAGUAUAGUAGAUAAAGCUUAGUUUCCUCCAGUGGUUUGCCACCUCUCCUAACUGGGCUUUUAUUUAUAAUGGUCUUAGAAUGUGUUCCCAUAAUGUGGUGAUUCUCUAGCUAAGGACUCCUUCAUCCUUCUCUUUCUAUUGGAGAUUCUUAUCCAAUGCCUGAUGGAUCUUGUAGCUUUUAGCCUGUGGGCAUUUUUAAUAAAAUAUUGUUACUGAUAAAAGAAAGGAAUAAGUACAGUUGGCAUGUGGUAGGUUUCCUUCCACUAUCUUCUUGAAAAUGAGGUGUAUGCACCAACACUUGAUUUUUUGCUGUUAUGGAACAAAUGUAAAAUUCUUUUUCCCUUCUGAUAAUAUUGAAUUCAACCAAUUUCCAUAAUGUCUUUAAUGUCGUUAAUUGUGCGGGAUUUGGAAAUUUCUGAUAAACAAGAACACUGUAUUCCAGCUAUUGCUGUUGUUGGCCAGCCAAAUGUUCGGAAACGAGAGAGGACAACGAUUGUUAGCCCAAUCAGUGGGACCACUUGUGAUAUUAUUGAUACUGAAUUUACUGGACCAAAAGAGCAGGUUUGUGUACUUACAAAUUAUAGAUCUUUUCUAAGCUCACACGCAUGUACAAGUCAUCUCAUGCACAUGCCACAACAUAUGCCAGCACAGCAGGCAGGUGAAAUAUCCAAGCCAUUCAUCAGGUGGACCACACUGUGUAGAUGUUACUGCCCAAAGAUAAAGGUGGUCCAUUCAGUGGGUGUGCCAUGAUAUUAGAAAUAAGUUGACAGGUUAAAAAACUAUGGAUGAUUUUUUCACAACCAUACAUUUGUUCAGGUUCAGGUAAUUGUGCCCAACCUGACUAGAGGACCGACCUGAUUAUUGGUGUAGGACAAUCUACAUAAUGGUACCCUUGUGAUGGAUGGCUUGGAUAUUGCACCUGUCCACCACACUAUUGUAUGUGGUGGCAUGUGCAUUAGCUGAUUUGUACACGUGUCGACUUAGAAAAGCUCCAAAUUAUAAUUUAUGGCACAUUAUUGUCAAUUUUAUUUAUUUACUUGCUAUAGCUGAUGCAUACAAAUUUGAUCUGUCCUAUUGAGAACAUUAACUGCACCACAUGCACGCACGCACGGAACGUUCUGUGGGACUAUGGAGCUUUAAGUGAUCAUGUGGUCCUAAACCAUUCUUCUUGUAAACAAGCAUGUAUAUGCAUAUGCCACAGUGUUGCAGUAAAAAAUGUCAGGUUCUUAGCACAUUCUUUCUUGUAUAUCCAAGUUCAGAAUUUGAGAUGCAGAUUAUGAAUAGGCACAUGCAAAGUGUAGUUGGUACAAACACAUGUAACUUGGACAUCUCCACAUUUAUCUUUGUUGGAUAUGGACACUAUAAGUACGACAAAGGAUUCCUAUAAAAACCAGAGAUCACCUUCUCAGUCUUUAUAUGAUCAGAACUUUUGGCUGUGGUGGCAAGGCUGUUUUACUCAUGCAACUCAAGUGUCGUUUUGGCUUUGGUUGAUCCUCGUGUCUCUUUUACAUUUUAUCUCUCAUGCUAAAAAACCCAAGAUUUUAUUAUGGUAAUGUUUUCGAACAUUCCAAAUCUUUCGGGGAUAGAAUACGGCACUAGUGCCUCCGGGGCUUAUCACAUUGCGAAUCUUCUUUCAUCAUCAAUAUGUAUUUAUUUGUGAUUAAAAUGCAUCGAACAAUGAUUUUAUAAUGUUGCAAAUGGAGGAUGGUAGAUUUUCUUUUUCCAUCUAUUUUUCAUUGCAGGUUCUGUCACAGAAAAGGUUUAGAAUCUAUAGUUUUGAAGAAGUAUGCACUUGUUACUACAACCAGAACUAGACAAAGCAGUAGCUUCAGCAGCACAGCAAUGUGGGGCAUAUGAUUGUAUGGCCCACCCUGGGUUGAUUUAAGUAUGGCCCACUUAGCUUGUUUCUUUGAUUAUGUGCACCCUUUCUUGGUCUUAUUAGGUAUGCUUUAUGCGUGCAGAUCUUAUUUUAAAGAGGGGUGGUUUUGUCAUUUUUGGUUUGAUUACUCGACUUAUAUGUGAAAAGAGGUGGGGAUGUCCAACCAUAUCUCAUUCUCUCCAUUCUCUCUCCUCUCCUUCCCUUCUUUCUUGUAUAAAACUACAUAUGCCAUUCACCAUUCGGAUGUGGUGGCUCUUGUUGUUGAAGCAAUGGCUUGCAUCACGGAACAGGUACUUCAACUGUAACAGCCAAAACAUCAUUUGACGUGCAGAUAUAUAUCCUAGCCCAAUGUCUUCAGUCACAAGUAAUAACAGAUGGCAAUGGAUAUGUUCUGGGUACAUUUAACACCUGGGCUUUAGAGGGCAUGUGCAGAUUAAAAUGAGAUUCUCAAAGAUAGACAUACAUGAUAUCUUGUUCACUUCAUUGUCACCUAAGUAAUGCAUUUUCAGAACUGCCAAAUUCCUGGCAGAGUUUCCAUCUAAUAUCCUUCAUAAAUUUUAUAUUAUCUAGGACUAGCAGUAAUUUAUUUAUUUUCGAAAGGUUAUCUAAUGCAGGGGCAUUUUUACACCAGGCUCAAGUGGGGUGGCCUGUGGGAUGUAGGGGCACACUCGGGGUGGGCGGCCUGUGUGAGGUGGGUGGCUUGUGUGAGGCGGGCCCCACCCAUGUGAAGCGGGCGGCUCAUGUGAAGCGAAACCCAUAUAAAGUGGGGCCCAUGAGGGGGGUUCGGAUGAGGUCCUAAUCCAUGGGAUGUAGGGCCUGGGCUAUGAGAUAAAGGGAUUAAUUCACCAUGCUCUAUCAAUUCGAGCUUUUAUAGCAAGUGGUUAAUUGUCUUGUAUCAUUAUCUAGCGGUAAUUUAUCACGUAGGCAGAUAAAACAGUUGUGAGCAGUAGGCAACAGCUCUACUAUAUAUAACAGGACUACUAUUUGAUGAAUUUUACCCUUGCAAUUAGUUAGAGGGAGGGGCAUAAAGUUUGGAUUUAAAAAGGAAAAUGGGAUGUGUCUGGCCCUUAAACCAAGGUCUUUUUUGUCAUUUUAAUCAUUUCAUACAGCUUAGCCCACUCCCACGUUCCUCUUUGCAUGUAGACUGCAUAGACAACGUCGUAGUACGGAGCCCUUGCAACAAAGGCUCUAUGAGACCCACUGUGAUGACUUUGUGACAUCCACUCCAUACAUCUGUUUGUGGGCCACAAUACCAAAAAGGUGAGGCUAGGUCACUCACCUUGAAGCAAUUCUAGGCACAAUGGGAAGCGAAAAUGCAACUGAUGAUCUCAUGUGCCUGAGUACUCUGACUAAAAUUUAUUUCUUUACUUUUUUGCUGACACUGUUAAUUUCCUACGGGUCAUAUUGUUCAAACUUCCAGAGGUUUGUAGGGCGGAAAUUUCUAUCUUGUUGGAACUUGAGCAUCUUCCUGCCUUCUACAGUUAGUCCGUCCAGUUCAAGUUCAUUCGAUCAAAUUCGGUCUAUGCAACUUUACCAACUUUGCAUGAUACCAUACAUUUUACGUGCCUUGUUGUAUCAUUGACUUGAGACAUCACGACUGAAAUUUUUCAUCAGAAGACGAUCUUUUACUGAAAGAUUACAUGCUUCAAGCGAUUUUUCUGAGAGGGAUCCUCACUCUUUCUCUGGUGGUAGAC